GAGAGAGUAGGUAUGGCAACGUUGAAUGUCUAAGAUUUGAGGUUAGCAGUGUUUGGUGUUGUUGUUAUUGAUGUUACUGUUGUUAAAACCUCUUUCAUAUUUUGAUAAAUUUAAGACGUUAUGGUUCACAAGGACUUCUACAAUACAAUUCUAUCACAGACUUUCAGCCCAUGUGGAAACUAUCUAGUUGUGGGCGAUAAGUACGGCUCGUUGGCAGUUUUUCAUCUCUCAAAAAUAGUUCAAACUGAAUCAGUUCCAACCAAAGAUGACCUCACUCCGAAGAACAGAAUCGUGGUCAAGAAAGGCUUUCAAAUUAAUUGUUUACUUACCCAUCAGUCUCAUUUGUUAGUUGGAAGUGUUGGAGAAAUUUUCGCUUACUCCUGGAAAUCUGUGAAGACCUCAAAAAAUCCACAUCCAGUUUGGACCAUCGACAUUCCUAAUCAGAACGAUGCUUUUGAGAGAACGGAAGUGAAUGCUUUGCAACUCAACAAUGAAUUAAAUCAUAUUUAUGUAGGCUGUGGAGAUAAUAAUAUUUACAUUUUCGACUUGGAGACCAGGAAGCUACAGAAGACUCUUUCAAAACAUACUGAUUAUAUCCACUGUCUAACAAAUAGUGGAAAUGAUUUACUUUCUGCUGGAGAGGAUGGUAUUGUUAAUAUAUGGGACUUACGAAGCUUCAAAAUCUCUAAUAAAAUUGAGCCUAAUUUAUGUGAUAAGGUAGUUCGUCCAGAGAUUGGUAAAUGGAUAGGAGCAAUCAGUUUCAAUGAUGAUUAUGUGCUUUGUGGUGGAGGUCCUCGUUUAUCUUUAUGGCACUACAGAUUUCUUACGAAUUCAACAGUAUUUCCCAUAGAUGACAGGGGCAUCCAUGUGGCUGAAAUCCAUAAAGAAAAAAUAUUAGCAGGUGGGCGAUCCAAAGUGUUUUAUCAGAUGACAUUUGUUGGGGAUAUUGUAAGUGAGAUUCCUGUUUCUGCAGUAACAGUUUACAGUGCUAUACAUCAUGAGGAACCUUUUAGUGUACUUAGUUUAGCUGGAUCUAGCCCCAGAAUUGACAUUUGCUCUAAUUUUUUGUAUAAAAAUCAGCAUUUGUCUUUGUAUUAAUGACAGAAUUGAUUUUAUAUUGAAUAUUCAACUCUAUAUGCAAUAAGUUUUUUAUUACUGCCAUUGUCAUCAGAAGGAGAGGUAAAAAAUCACUGACUGUAUUAAAGCUACUGUAAGUAGUGACAUAAUUAAUAAAAAAUAUUACAAAUGUAUCAAAAUAAAAGAAGCCAUUAAAACCGAAAACAGUGUAGU